UCUUGGAUACCUCGCUGCUCAUAUUCUGUGUGCCUUGACUUGCAAAAAGAGACGAGUCGUUCUGCUACUGUUGCGGCUCUUGAUUCGGUGGUGAAGAUCUACACCGUCUCUAGCACGCCAAACGUUGUUCAACCUUGGCAGAGGGAUGAGGAAGAAGAAUCCACGGGAUCUGGGUUUGUAAUCUCAAAGGAGAAGAUUCUUACCAACGCUCAUGUUGUGGAAAAUCACUCAUACGUGCAAGUGAGAAAGCAUGGUUCAUCGACGGCGUACAAAGCAAAAGUUGAAGCGGUUGGGCAUGAAUGUGAUUUGGCCAUAUUAGUUAUUGAUAACAAAGAGUUUUGGGAGGAUAUGGAUCCGUUGGAGCUCGGAGACCUACCCUUUAUCAACGAAGAAGUCUCUGUUCUUGGUUAUCCUAAGGGUGGUGACACAAUUUCUGUUACAAAAGGUAUUGUAUCGAGAAUUGAACCUACAAACUAUGUUCACAGCUCCACCGAGCUAUUGAGUAUACAAAUAGAUGCGGCUAUUAACAAGGGGAACAGUGGUGGUCCGGUGGUUAUUGGAAACAAAGUUGCUGGUGUAGCAUUUCAAGGUCUUACACGUUCUGAAAAUAUAGGCUACAUAAUCCCAACUCAAGUAGUUAAACAUUUCUUAAGUUGUUCAGAAGAAAGUGGUGCAUUCGUUUGUUUCGGUUCGCUGGAUAUUUCGUGUCAACGUAUGGUGGAUGCUCAACUACGUAAGCUCUUUCAAAUGGAUCAUACAAUGACAGGGAUCCUUAUAAAUGCAAUAAACCCCUUGUCGGAUGCUCAUAAAUUUUUGAAAAAGGACGAUGUCAUUCUUGCGAUCGAUGGUGUUCCUAUGGGAAAUGAUGCGAAAGUUCCCUUUAAGGGAAAAGAACGGAUAUCUUAUAAUCAUUUGGUUUCUAUGAAGAAACCAAGCGAAACAGCUUUACUUAAAGUUCUAAGAGAUGGAAGAGAGCAUGAGUUCAAUAUCAGUUUAAAACCCGUGCAGCGGCUGAUUCCGGUGCAUCAACCUGAUCCAAGUUAUUACAUACUUGCGGGUUUUGUCUUCGUGCCUCUCUCUGAGCCAUACAUUGAUGAUGAUUUAUCUGAUGACAUAUGUGAAUGUGAAGUUGAAAAAAGGAUGCCCAAAACGGCUGGUGAACAAAUUAUCGUAAUUUCUCAGGUGUUAUCGGAUGACAUCAACAGAGCAUACUCUGAUUUCAAAAAAUCGCAGGUGAAGAAAGUGAAUGGAGUGGAAGUGGUGAAUUUGAAGCACCUACGUGACCUCAUAGAGGAUUGUUGCAUCGAACUUUUGAGGUUGGACUUUGAAGAUGAUCGAGUUGUUGCAUUGAACUUUACUUCUGCAAAAGAAGCCACUUCGUUGAUCUUAGAGCGUCAUGGUAUACGGUCUGCAAUGUCCAAGGACCUUCAGAAAGAACCAACAACAAAACUGUCAACUGAU